AUGUUUCGUUCCACAGUUGGUAAAACCGUUCUUAAUUUGACAUUGGCAACUACAGUUCUUUAUGGUGGUGGUGUUGCAUUAUCUUGUAAAAAUGAUGCUUUUAAUGAAUUAUUUACUGAUAAUGUUCCAUUAGCUGAAGAUAUUGUUGAUUAUAUUCAAUCAUUCCAAACUACUAAAAAAGAUUAUAAUAUUCAAAAUUUUAAAGAAAAAUUUGGUGAAUGGGAAAAAACUUUAGAUAUCCCUAAAUCAGGUAUUAUUUCUCAAAAAAUUGAAAGUCUUAAAGAAAAAGAAGCCAUUGCACCAAAGAAUGCUACAACUUCUUCAGAUCCAAAAUCCACCACUAGUACAAUUCAUGAUGGUGCACCAAGACCAAAAAUUGAGUUAUCUCCAAUAGAGUUGAAGGCAAAAGAUUCAAAUUUACAAAAAGUUAUUGGUGAAGUUAAUAGAAUAAUUUUACUAAUCAAUAAGGAUCAAUUAUCCAAAGAUGAACAUUUUGAUAAGAUUGUUGGAUUAAUUAAAGAUUUAGAUGAAAAUUUAGUUGUGUUACAAGAUGCUAAAGAUUCACAAGUGUCCAAACAAAUUCAAGAAGCUAUUUCCGUUAAGGAAAAUGAAGUUUUAAACUCUUUUACUAAUGAAUUUAAUAACAUUGUUGCUAGAAUUGAAAAAACUCAUGAAUCUAAAUUAAAUGAUGAAGUUUCCAAGGCAAAAGAAGUUAUUUCUAAACAAGCUGAAAACAUUAUCAAACAAAAUCAAAUUAAUACUAUUAAUGAAUUUACAAAUUUAAUUGAAGAUACUAUUUCAAAAGAGCGUGAAGGGAAAUAUGCCAAAUUUGAUGAAUUAAAUUCAAAAUUAACCACUUUACAAAACUUGGUUUUAACAAUUGAUGAACAUUUAAAUAAUUCUGAAUUAAAAUCAAGAUUACAAUUAAAUUUGAACAAAUUAAAGGCAAAAUUGACUUCAAAUUCAAAUGAAAAUUUAACUUUAGAAAUUGCAGAAUUAAACAAAUUAGCAAUUGAAUCUAAAAAUCAAGUUAUCUCUACAGCUAUUAAUUCAAUUGAUCAAGAAAUCAUCAAGAAUGGAUUAUUAACAAACUCUCAAUUAAUAACAAGAUUCCAUUUAUUAGUCCCAGAGCUAAGAUCAGCUGCAUUAUUACCACCAAAUGCAGGGUUAUUAGGUCAUUUAUCUUCAAUUUUAUUUUCUAAAUUUUUAUUAAGUAAAGAAGGUCAUGUUGAUGGUAAAGAUAUCGAAAGUGUUAUUGCCAGAGUUGAUAACUAUUUAGUUUCUAAUCAAUUGGAUAAUGCGGUUGAAGAAAUUGCUAAUUUGAAAGGUUGGAAUAGAAAAUUGGCAAAUGAUUGGUUAGUUGAAGGUAGAAGAAGAUUGGAAGUUGAAUUUUUAGUUAAUUUGAUUGAUUUGGAAAGUAGAACUUUGUUUUAA